GACGCUGAGGACAAAUUAUUCUUUAUAUCAUUCUCUAACCUCUCAAUGUCGAAUGCAUGGAGCAUCCCUCAGGAAUUGAUCAACACCGAAUGCUUUAUCCUUUAUCCUUUUUAUGACACUCAUGUUUUUAGGACUAAUUUUGACACUAACUUUGAGGACCGAAAUGCUUACGUGACUGGUGUUUCGAAAUACAUCGAGGAAGCCACACGUCAUGCUCUCUUUAACGAUCUCCUAACAGAAGGGCUGCAACAUGCGGCUAACCUUUACACUUGGAGAUGCUGCUCUCGGGCGGCCCCAACGGUGAAAUCAAACGACCAACCUAAUCGUGUGGAAAUCAACAUGAAGGUCGUCGAGGUUCUGAAGCCGGAAGUUGACAAAUUGCAAAGGUUCAUGUUGUUUACGAACGAUGCUAUUGCACGUUUUUGUGAAGAAGUGAGGCGUCUCUGUCAUGUAGAAAAGCGAAAAGAUUUUGUCUCUGAAGCGUAUCUUUUGACGCUUGGUCGUUUCUUGAAUAUGUUUGCCGUACUGGAUGAGCUGAAAAACAUGAAGGCGUCUAUAAAAAAUGACUUCUCGGCCUUUAGAAGAGCAGCUCAAUUUCUUCAAGUAAUGUCAGAUACUCAAACUAUCCAUGAUAUGCAAAACCUCAGCAUGUUCUUAGCUACGCAGAACAAAAUUAAGGAUGACCUUCGAGCGAGGAUGGUUAAGAUUGAAGCUUAUGAGGAACUACUUGCUGAUGUUAUUAAUAUUUGUGCCCACAUGUUCGAAAACCAGCUAUAUCUAACGCCAUCAGAGCGCCACAUGUUCGUUAAAGUGAUUGCUUUCUCUCUUUUUCUUAUGGAUGGUGAUGCUGCAAAUGUAGCCAAGAUGGACCAGAAAAAGCGUCUAAAUAUUGGUCGCCUAGAUAAGAUCUUCAAGUCCCUGGAAGUAGUUCCUCUUUACGGUGAUAUGCAAAUUCAACCAUUUUCUUUCGUUAGGAGAUCUCAAUUUUAUGACCCAAGUAAAUGGAUUUUAAGCGAUAAAGAAGGUGAAAAGUGUCAUGUAAAUAUCGUCGACAAGGUGAAAAGAAUAAGAGCUGAUCAUGAAUCGUACGUAACUCAACUGGCCAAACUAAAUAACAGUGUCGCCAUUAGUGACCGCGUUUCAUUCAACUCAGACGCAGAGAACCGUGAACUUACUUCACUGGCUUUGAGUGGAGUGCAGUUGUUGUGUCAGUGGACGGCAGAUGUGGUGGAGACUGUUAGUUGGAAAUUACUUCACCCCACAAACAGUAGGGAUAACAAAGAAUGUCCUGAAACAGCGGAAGAAUACGAACGGGCUACGAGGUACAAUUACUCGGCAGGUGAGAAGACAGCCCUUAUACAAACCAUCUGUAUGAUCAAAGGAUUGCAGUCGCUCUUAGGACGGAUUGAAUCUUCGCUCUCACACGCUAUAAGACGUCACAUCUACAGCGAAUUGCAAGGAUUUGUUCAACAUGCUUUCAACGAUUCAUUACAAAAAGCCGUCAAAGGCAAAAAGGAUCUGCUGGUGAGCAUCCUUCAAUCAGUGCGCGAUACGUGUGUAGAUGCAUAUUCCUCUGGUUCUGAAUCUCGUCCGUCAAUGGAAAAGUUGAAAAAGCGCCAAGGAAAGGAAUCCACUGCCAGUUCUAGCAGUGAUCUUCGAAUAGCUCGAAGAGCGUCGCCACCAGCACCGAGUAGCACUCAGCUCUACAUGGCUAGGACCCAGUUGGAGUCAUUGAUAUCCGAGCGAGUUAGCGGUGGAAAACGAGUCCUAAGAAAGGAAUUGGAUGCGAAAACAAUAGAGCGAAUUUCUAUUUUUCUGAGGAAAUCAACACACUGGCCAGCUCUUUUUCGUCUUUCUGAUUCCUUAUCUGAAGCAGCAGAGUUAAGUCAACUUUGGUUCCGAGAGUUCUAUCUCGAGAUGACUAUGGGACAGCGGAUUCAAUUCCCAAUUGAGAUGUCUAUUCCAUGGAUUCUGACGGACCAUAUUCUAACAAAUGCCGACUCAUCAUUGGUUGAAGGUGCUUUGUAUCAGCUUGACUUGUACAAUGACGCCGCUAAUUACAGUCUCUUCAAUUUUAGGAAGCGCUUUCUUUUCGAUGAGUUUUUGAAAUUCAGCAACAUUUUCAGCAUGAUGCUGGACAAACGUUUUAAAUUGGAAUGUCAGAGAGCUGGAGUUACAAUACGAACUCCUCCAGCUGGUCGCUUUGACGGCAUACUUCGACAGAGACAUGUUCAGUUGCUCGGUCGCUCAAUCGAUCUAAAUCGCCUUGUUUCUCAACGUAUCAGCAUCGCUCUUCUGAAGUCUCUUGAUACUGCUAUUUGGAUGUUUGAAAGUACUGAGCUCUCAAGUAUAGUGGAACUUGAUUUCUUGAUUGAAACUAAUCGCUUAUGUCACACUCUGCUACGUGACCGGCUGUUUUCUGUUCCAGAUUUUAACGACCUUUUUCUGGAGGCAAAUCAUAAUGUCUCUGCACCACACGGCCGCAUCACAUUGCACGUGUUCUGGGAACUAAACUAUGACUUUGUCCCUAAUUUUAUCUACAACGGAUCAACACAUCGUUUCGUUCGUGCAAAAGAGGUGUUCCGAAAGACUCCCGCUCGUGAAAGAAAGCCUCAAGUUUCACUCGUUUACCUUUGGGGAUCGAAGUCUUUAAAUGCUGCAUUUGCUAACAUUUUCUUCUCAUAUGCUCGUUUCAUAGGAAUUCCACACCUCAAGACGAUCGCCCGUUUGUUGCAGUAUCAAGGUGUUGCGGUUAUUCUUGAAGAACUUCUAAAGCUCGCACGUGUCUUGAUUUCUGAUAAACUGAAACGUCAUCUUAGGUCUAUCUAUUCUGUGUUGCCAAAAUUGUGCAAACUUCCAAGAAGCGACUAUGGAAGCCCAGGUGUUCUUCAAUACUACUUUCAUCAUCUUGAUGGAGUUGGAAAAUAUAAUGAGUUGAAAGGAGAAUUCUGUCAGGAUCUCCGAGAACUCGGAAAUAUCAUUCUGUUCUGUCAGCAGCUAGAGUUAGGAAUGGCCCAAGAAGAGGUCCAAGAUCUUUUAGCUGCUGCUGCAUUUACGAAUGUUAUUCCAAAGCCACCUGCCAGGAACGUCGUAGAACAGGAAAAGCAGCUCGCCAAACUUGAAGAGAAGUAUUCCCGAAUCCAACUGACAAGCGUCGUCGAAAAAUUUGGUGAUGAAAAGCAAAUCGCCAUUUCAAAAGAAGCAGAACUUUUGACGAAGGAGCGUUUGUGUUGCGGACUUAACAUUUUCGACAUGUUUCUAAGGAAAAUCCGCCAAAUUCUAGGAGAUGAUCCUAUUUGGACCGGUGGAUAUCCGGCAAACGGCGUAAUGUGGGUUGAUGAGUGCGUGGAGUUCCAUCGCGUUUGGUCCGCCCUUCAAUUUUUCAUUUGUCAACCGUUAACCAAUGAAGCUGAAAAGGAAUUGUUCGGUGACUCUUUACAGUGGGCAGGCAUGUCCAUCAUUUAUUUGUUGGGCCAACAACGGCGAUUUGAAGUGCUCGAUUUUUGUUACCAUCUUCAUCGAAUCCAAAAAUUUGAUGGUAAAGACGAGGUUGUUAAUGGAGUUCGUUUACUUGAUGUCGUGGAUCGCAUACGCCGUUUCCAACUGCUCAACUCUCAAAUCCUCUCAGUUCUCGUCAACUACUUAAUACCGAACGAGGAGUAUGAAGAAGAACAUGUGAGGGAAUUCAUGCCGCCCACACAUUCGUCUCUUAUUGGAGUUUACCCGGUGGGGUCCUAA